GCAGGUUAGCAGGCCGGGGCGGGACGGGACCGGUCAGAGUGGCGUCUAGUAGGGAGCCAUGCAGACCUCCGGGGAUGUCAGCACCGGGACGACCAUCAUGGCGGUGGAGUUCGACGGGGGGGUCGUGGUAGGCUCGGACUCCAGGGUCUCGGCCGGGCAGGCGGUGGUCGGUCGGGUGUUUGACAAACUCGCUCGGCUGCACGACCACAUCUACUGCGCCGUGGCCGGAUCCUUGGCGGACGUGCAGGCCGUGUCCGACAUGGCCGCCUAUCACCUGGAGCUACACAGCAUGGAGCUGGAGAAUUCCCCGCCGGUGGUUGCCGCUGCCAACGUGGUGAAGAACAUAACUUACAAGUAUCGAGAAGAGCUUUCCGCCAACAUGCUGAUAGCCGGGUGGGAUUGCCAAAAAGGGGGACAGGUAUAUGGGACCCUGGGGGGCAUACUGACCCGCCAGCCCUUUGCCGUGGGUGGUUCUGGAAGCGUCUACAUCUACGGCUACGUUGACGCGGCCUACAGACCUGACAUGACCCCGGCUGAGUGCCGCCGUUUCACCACUGACGCCAUCGCUCUGGCCAUGGGCCGGGAUGCGGUCAGUGGCGGCGUUAUCCAUCUGGUCACCAUCACAGCCUCGGGCGUGGAACAUCAAGUCAUCUCCGGCAAGGAUCUGCCCCAGUUCUUUGAUAAGUGAUCCCCACCCCACCCCCGCCCCACCAUCGACCUCCACUUUUUUCUCUUUUGUAAUAAAAACGUUGCUCCCGGCCUCAGUGAUUUCCCACU